GGCAACGGGGGGCGGGCCUUGGGUCCGGGCGGGGAGCAGAGCGCCGUCCUGGGCCAGGUAGAGAGAGGCGCGGCGCGAGGCCCGGCGAGCGAGGAGGCGCGCGCUCCCUUCUCCUCCUGCUCUUGCUGCUCCUGAUGGCGACGCGGGUGCUGAACAUGGGCGCCCGCCUGGGUCCCGUCGAGGAGCCCGUCUUCGCGCAGCUCAAGCCCGUCCUGGGCAGGGAGGCGCCCCUCUUCGCGCAGGGGAACGAGCAGGACCUCAAGCCGCCGCCGCCACCUCAGGAGAGUCCCGCGGAGGAGAUGGCGCAGGCACGGUGUGAAAUGGAGAAAUACCUGACAGGCCAACUUCCUCUUGUCCCAGACCACAAAAAGUACCGACGAGACAGUGCCUCCGUUAUUGAUCAGUUCUUCACCAACAGUGAAGGGGUGCCUUAUAGUGUCAACAUGAAUCUGUACCUUCCUGAUAUUACCCAACUGAGGACGGGCCUGUACAAGUCGCAGAGGCCCCCGGUUACCCACAUCAAGACAGAACCCAUCACUGCCUUCAGCCACCAGAGCGAGACAGCUCCUCCGGCUCCAAACCCUACCCAGACACUUCCAGAGUUUACAAGCAUCUUCAGCGCCCAUCAGGCUCCAGACAUGAACAAUCUAUUCAUUAAACAGGAGCUCCCCACUCCCGAUAUUCACCUUUCCAUCUCUGCUCCCCAGCAAGGCCAGCUGUAUCAGCUCCUGAGCUCUCCGGAUUUAGACAUGCCGAACCCAGCUACCCAAGCUGCAGUGAUGGACUCCCUCAAUAAUGUUUCUAUGUCCUCUGCCAUGGCAGGCCUUAAUACGCUGUCCUCUGCUAUGCCACAGACAACAAUGAAGCCGUUCCAUGGGCUCCCGCAGUGCACAUAUACCAUGCCAAACCAGUUCCUCCAGCAACAAGCCACUUACUUUCCUCCUUCUCCUCCAAGUUCAGAGCCUGGGAGUCCAGACAGACAAGCGGAAAUGAUGCAGAAUUUAACCCCUCCUCCCUCUUAUGCUGCUACAAUCGCUUCCAAGUUGGCAAGUCACAAUACCAAUUUGCCCUCCAACAUCUCAAUGAAUUCACCUCCUGUUUCAGCUGCCAGAUACAACAGGAAGAGUAACCCAGACUUGGAGAAGAGACGGAUUCAUUUCUGUGAUUAUCCUGGUUGUCAAAAAGUGUAUACAAAGUCUUCCCACUUAAAAGCGCACCUGCGAACCCAUACUGGAGAAAAGCCAUACAAAUGCACGUGGGAAGGAUGUGACUGGAGAUUUGCUCGUUCUGAUGAAUUGACUCGCCACUACAGGAAGCACACGGGAGCCAAACCUUUCCAGUGUCCUGUGUGCAGUCGCAGCUUUUCUCGGUCUGACCACUUGGCUCUGCACAUGAAGAGACAUCAGAACUAGGCUGGACUGGUUCAUGAGGCUGUUGGUAUCUAUGCAACUUCCUGGUGACUCAAAUAUAUACAUUCAGUUAGAAUUAGCUAAAUGUUUGACUGUGUAUGAACGCUCCGCUAUUUUAAAACAGGAAAAAAUAAUAAAAGAAACUGGAAUUGUAUAUUUUGUAUAUUUAUGAGGAAAUAGGAAAGACACUGUGUUGCAAUACUUGGGAUUGUUUCACCAAUUACAGCUAUGUGACUUAAUUUUCAUGUAUUUGAUUUUAGUACCCCAUCUCAGGGUUCUCCCCUGUUAUAUACUUUUGCAGAUAUGGAUUUGUCAUUGCCACAUGUUUUCAUCUGCAAAAAUGUAUUGUCAGAAUGAUUCAUGCUUCCAACUUCUAUGCAGGCUCUUGAAGCUGUUUGCCAGAUUUGGGACCUUCACAUAUGUGUCUGAGACAUGACAUUUUGCAUUAGUGGUUGUGUUUACACUGUAUUUUCACCCAAGAAUUAUGCCUUAAUAAGAAGGUGAACUAUUAGUGGACAUUCUUUUUCUCUUGCUUUGUCCUUCCUUGUAUGUGAGUAAGCCAACCAAUCUGUAUUGUGUGACAGAAUCAUAUUUAGUCUUUUGGAUUUUUUUUACUAGUAUCUAUUUUUGUUUUACUAAUCCUGGUUUACAUGGGUAUAAUAAAUUAUAACCCCUGGCUUGGGUGUCAUACAAAUAUCUCUUGGCUGGUUGGUUUACCCACUUCUACAAGGUAUAAUGUGGAAGCAGACCCCAACCACUCGUUCACAAGUCAAAUUUCAUGGCUUAAAUCAUGGUGGGUAGCUUCUGUUCUUUUAGACUUUUCUCAGAUGCAUUGCCAAGCAUUUCUCACUAUUAUGCUGGCUGCAGUGAUAUACAUUGCAGUCCAACAACCCCCAGAAGGCUCAGGUUGCCCACCUCUUGCAUAGCAUGAUGUGUGAAUGCAGUUAACAGAGCUCUCAGUGGUUCUGAAAAGUCUUCUGUGUGGAUUCACAAGUAUCUUUGGAUACACAUACAGCCAUUAUGUUACCUGAAUGUUAAUUCCUUGAACCCAAGGAACUCUGAGCACUUUUUGCAAUGGAGGCCUGACCGAACCAAAAUCCCCAGAAAACUGGGGGGGAAAUAACAGUUAAUUGGUAUAAAAGCCCACAUAGAUAUUAUGUUUGCAAACUACAAUACAGGAAGCAUGUACUGCAAUUUAAGUAUUAUAUCUCAGAAGCUCUGAUAUCUAUUUUUAAUGUCCUGACUAAAACACUCUUACAGUGCGAGCUGUGUUGAAAAAGAUACUGUUUAAUUUGACUUUACAGGCUAAUCUAGAGAACAAGCCACACUUUUUUUUCUACAAGAAUUUUACUGGAUGUUUCAAUACAUGCGUUUUAUUUUUUUGUGAAAAUGAAAUAUAUAUAUACAGACAAAUUCAUAAAUAGCCAUAGAACAAAAUGUUCUGUUUGUUGCAUGUUUGCUUUGACAAAGAUUUUGUAAAUAGGCAGAUCGGCUUUUAAUGUUUUAUUAAAAGUUUUUCUAGAAAUCAGCUGGGAAAAGUAGUAGGCAUCUUACUUUGGACAGUUUAAUAUGGCACAUCUAAAAUCCAGCCAUUUUAAAAUACCUCUCAAAAUGGUACCACCUUAGUUUGAUAACCAGAUAGACAUUCAAACACUUUCUUCAUACAGAUGUGAUGCACUGAUGUAUUCAAAACAGGAUCAAGGGGUUCCCCCCCUAAAUGUUUAAAAGGACAAAAUAUUUGAAAAAAAUAGGAACUGUUAAGUAACUGUCAGAAGCUAAAAUAACAAGGUUGGCUAUGAUACAUAAUGCUAAACCUCUUACUAUAAGCUAAACUUAAUAUUGCUUUAAAAAGAAGGAUUUAGAAUGUGGUUUUAGAAUAGCAAAAACACUAAGCUGGUUCAGCACUAGCACAAUCUAAUUCCAUGCAGAUUUCCUGCAGUCUCCUCCCCCUACUUCAGCUCUGUUACAGCAAGGACUGUGUAGAUGUAGACCUCUCAACGAAGCUGCAGUUACAUAGGCCUAUUGUUUAGGGAGAGGAGGUGGAAAGAGCUACUGGUGUGAAAUGCAGCCUAUUUGAUGUGUAUGAUGUGCUGCCCUGGCUGAGUGAAACAGCUCUGUUUGUGUGUCCCGAUUCCCUGUCCAAUCCAGUGAUACAAUGUGCUAAAUCCGUCUCUGUAUUUAUCUAUGUAAUGUGUAUAGUUGGAUCUGGGAGACUGUUUAGCUUUCCAAAAGAUAAAGCAUAUUAUAAUUUUAAGCAUGAAUUUAAAAAAUGAAUGUCUUUAAAAAAAUGCUGUGCAUACGAGUUGCAAUACCAAGAGGCAAGAUUCUGUGUUGGUGGAGUGUAACUCAAAUUGUCUCAGCUCCAACUGGGCCAGGAGUCCAGCUAGUAAGUUUAAACACCUUAACAUCCUUGCUGAUCCUGAAACACCUCUAUACUUGUUCCUCCAUGUACUUCUCAUGAAACUGGUAGGAAAACACUACAGUUAUGAAUGUGUCUCCCUACAUUAUAUCGAAUCAUGUAAGGGCAAGCAAAUCCAAAUCUUGGGAAAAUUAUAUCUUUGGACUAUAUAUCUUCUGUUCUGGUUCUGGAAACCCAUCUUAAAAUCCACUCAUCUGCACUGAGUCUUGAAGGCCUGCUCCACUGGCAGACAGAGUGCUUAAGGAGGCUGUGUCCAGCUUCCUUCUGUCAGCAAGGAGUUGCAACAAUGCCCAUACUUCUGCUCCUUGCACUGUGGCUUACUGGUGGGACUGGGCAGGAGAUGCCAUCCUUCAGCACCCAAUUCAUCAGCGCAGCAGAACUGCAUCUCAUGUAGCUGGCUGGAUUUCGUGUUGAAUUUCAAUAGUAUUUGCAACUGUAGCAAUGGUGCCACAAACAUAAAUAGGAAUAGGAAAUAAUUGCAAGGUUGUAAAUUCACAGUAAUUAACAGGAUGCCAUGAUUUCCAAGAUCUUUAGAAAUCCGUGGUUGUGGUUCCAUGUGGAGCUUAGCAUGGACACAUUAAGAUGGAGAUGAAGGCAGCUCUGAAAUUGUCAGGAUAAAGUGAUGAAAUGCUAACCACUCCAACAUCAUAAUUUAUUAAAAUAAAAAGUGCUCAGUGUGUUUUGACAGUUUGCUUUUGAGGGUAAUAUGAUGUCCCAUUCUCAUGUUUUAGAGUUCUGUUUAUUUAAAGUGUAAAUCAAAAAGUACAUUUUUUAGCAUAGGAUUUCAGAGGGAAAAAUACAGAAAAGCUGACUUAACAGCAAAAUGAGGCAGUUUCAGAACAAGGACUCCUGAGAGUUAAGAAAACAAGAACUAAAUCCCAGUCUGUUCAAGGAGACAUGCUCCCUAGUGCUUAGGAUUAGCAUCCCAGCUCAUAAGAGCUGAAAGACAUUUUGCAAGUUUGAAACAGACAAACUUCAGUAUUUCUGGAUCUUGUGAUCUCAGUGAGUGAUUUUUCACUUCUUGGCAUCAAAGACAACAAAAACAAAAAAGUACACUGGAUUGUAGCCUGAAUAUUAUUAAUAUCGUAUGAAUUGUUGUUCUGCCACCUCUUCCUUCUACAUGCAGAGCAAAACCGAAGUGCUUAUAUAUAGGCUAUCUAACGUCUCAUGCCAUAUUUCAUAAGACAAUAUCUAUUGUGCUUUUGUUAUUUGUAUUUUCCCUUUUUAAAGUCACGUAUAUGCUCUUAUAUUCUCUAAAGACAGUUGUGAUUAUCUAGUGCAUACUGACUGAACACCUUUAGGGAACCAAUAAUCCAAAAGAGCAUUUUCUUAUAUAAUGUUGUUGAAUCAUAUUCCUUGAAAACAUGUGGCCAAAACACACUGAAGCAUUGUUAUUCAGUACGGUAGCUCUCCAUUUGGCACUUGGUUGGAGAUGUCUCAUGUGCAAACACCAGAAUGUUCAUAUGUGAGCACUGCUAGCUUCAGUUAUGGGGCGUAUUUGGCCUUUUGACCAUGAAUAUUGCAGACCGUUGCUAAGGAUGUGCCAAAGGAAUGAUGGCCUUUCAGAAACAUAAAAUCAAGUCAAAGAAAUCAAACUGUGUCUCCAAAUGUUCUGCAUUCUAUAUGGCUUUUCAACACUGAUUUUUCUUCUGAGAAAACCCUCCUUUUCAUCUCACCAAACAUUUGAGCCAGGAUUGGGGGAAUGUAGGUGCUUUUGGACUUCAGCUCUCAUUAACCAUGCAGCAUAGCUAAUUAUAAGAUAUUGUUGGAGUUAGAGUUCAAAUCAUCUGGAGGGCCCCAGAUUUCCAUCUUCUGUGCUGUACCUUGCAGGGUUCUAGCAGAGGUUUCUGGAAUAUGUUUUAGGGUGAGACUGUUGGCCAGAACUGCUGAGUAUCAUUGUUGCCCGGGUGAGUUUCAGCCAACACACUUGCAUAUUACAGGGAAAUAUCAGUAAUGUUAACCAGAGCCUACUUCCUUGAAGCUUAAUUGUCAUUUCUAGUUUUCUCAUUGAUAAGCUUCUUGUUUCUCUGUAGGGAUAUCCAGAAAAUAAUGAGAAAACUCAGAUCUUACCCUUCAUUGCGAGUCAGAAAUCUGGCCCAUAGCAUUUCACUCCCAAGUAAACAAGAGGUUCCAGUUGCAUAAUACAGUCAGAUGAUUCUGCAUCACAACUAAACAAUCCAUGCACACAAUGUUUGUGAUGCUGAGAGUCAACCUAUGAAAAAACAAAGCUUCCUUAGAAACAGGUUCAGAAGACUUAUUUAAAAUCCUUUGUUCGUUUCAUUCCUUGUGGUGUGAUCCCUCUUGAAAGUUUAGGGCUCCCACAAUCUUUUACCAUUGGCUAGGCUGACUGGCACAUCUGGGAGCUGCCAAACAUCAGGAAGGUCAGUGGUUCUUCGUCUCUGUCUCAGCAGCAAGUCCCCACUGUUGUCAAUGGGUUAUAUGCUCAAGUGGUUUUUAUGGAGGAUUACAGCUUCAACCACUCCAGAAUGUACUUAAUGAUAGGAGCUAAUGCAGUGGUUCCCAACCUUUGAUUCUCCAGGUAUUUUGGACUUUAGCUCCCAGAUUUCUCAGCCGUUUUACCAGUUGUUAGGAAUUGUGGGAGCUGAAGUCCAAAACACCUGGAGGACCAACACUUGGAAACCACCGAUCUAAUGCUUCCAUUGCUGAUUUCAUACUACAUACAGUCUGGGAAUAGAAUGAUGCCCAAAAAGUCUUGUAUCUUGGAGGGUGGAAGGAGGUGGUGGUUUUUAAUGCUGUACACAGAGCUGCUGCUGGAAUAAGGCAAGAAGCCCUGUUUUGUGCUCAGAAGUCCUUUCAUGUGCUGACAGGGCUUGUCAGUGUACACUUCUGAGCUGUACUAUCAUGCUGUUAACCAAAGGGUAGAAAUUAAAGUGACAUGCCAAAAAAGAAAGAAAAAAAGUAAAACUCAAAGCAAAACUUUGUUCAGACUAUCUUUUGCCUCGUUUAUUUAUUUUUGUGGUAUAUGGUAGAAAUUUUUAGAACACAAUUUUCCAUAAACUUGAUAAAUUAAUGUUGUUUGUUACAUCCUUUUUUAGCGUUGCUCUGAAUUGUAAAUAGAUUAUGGAAAAAGAUGUACAUUUUUUGGUAAGGCUUCAAAUGUUUAAUCCUGGGAAAAAAACUCAAGAAGCAUAUAUUGGUUGCUGUUUUGCUGCUUUAUUCCCAACCCCCUCUUUUUCUCUCCCUGUCCAUAUUUUUGUAUGGUGAUAUAUCCUAUGCAAAUGACUGAGCAAACAGCUGUAUUGUUGUUGAAAGAGAUUGAAAUGGUUUAUAUAUAAAAUGACAAUUUUUUGACAAUAAAAAAGUGCCUAAAAGCA